AUGCCACCUUCCCCAGCAUUGAGAUGCUCUCCUGGUAGAGAGACACGUUCAGACAGUCACAAGCGUGGGCGCAGUCUUGAAAGCGGAUUGCUCUUCAGGGAAAAAGAUGAUGAUCUUGCUUUGUUCAAUGAAAUGCAGUCCAAAGAAAGAGAGAAUUUUUUGCUUCAGUCAUCGGAUGACUUUGAAGACUCAUUCUCGACAAAGUUGAGACAUUUUUCUAAUAUCAAGCUUGGGAUAUCCGUUCCUGGUCGAGGAGAAACCAGUGAAUUGCUUAAUGCAGAUGGUGACAAGAAUGACUAUGAUUGGUUAUUGACACCACCGGAUACACCACUAUUUCCUUCAUUAGAUGAUGAACCACCACCAAUAAAUGUUGGAAGCAGAGGAAGGCCUCGGAGUAAACCCAUUUCCAUAUCAAGAUCGUCUACGAUGGAGAGAAGUUACAGAAGCAGUAGGGGUAGCGCAAGUCCAAAUCGUUUAAGUCCAUCCCCUCGCUCCGGAAAUAGUACAUUGCAAUCAAGGGGAAGACCUUCGUCAACACCAAAUUCUAGUCCAACUCAAAGUUUACAGCAUGGUACUCCAUCAAGAAGACCAUCUCCACCUCCAAUUAAGUCCAUGACACCUGCUCCCAGGUCUUCCACUCCUACUCCUCGGCCGAUCAGCACCAGCUCCGGUGGUCCUGGAGUCUCAUCAGGGAUUAGGGGAACUUCCCCUAUUAAGACAAAUCGUGGAAACUCUACUUCACCAAAGAUAAGGGCAUGGCAAACUAAUAUUCCUGGUCUCACUUCUGAAGCUCCUCCCAAUCUUCGUACUUCUUUGGCUGAUCGACCAGCAUCAUAUGUGAGGGGCUCAUCGCCAGCAUCUAGAAAUGGUAGGGAUUCUACCUCUAAAGUUGGUAGGCAAUCAAUGUCUCCUACUGCUUCAAGGAGGAGCAGCUCUUUUCAUAGCCAUGAUCGAGACCAAUUUAGCAAAGGUUCUGCCAUAUCAUCUUGUGAUGAUGACCUGGAUUCUCUUCAGUCCAUCCCAGUGGGUAGUUUAAACCGAUUGGGUUCAAGAAGGGGUGGUUCAUUUUCAAACAGCAAAACUACUUUGAUUUCCAAGAAAUCAGCCAGGAUGGUGUCCCCAAGUUCUGCUCCUAAAAGAUCUUUUGACUCUGCUCUCCGGCAAAUGGAUAGAAAAAGUCCUCAAAACAUGUUCCGACCACUUUUAUCAAGUGUGCCAAGUACAACCUUUUAUGCCGGAAAAGCCAAUUCUGCACAACGUUCUCUGGUAUCAAGGAAUUCCUCUGUCACAACAAGCAGCAAUGCGAGUUCUGAUCAUGGUACCAUUUUCGCACCCGAUACUGAAGGAAGUGACCACAAUCAAGAUGAUGUGGCGAGUGAAACUGAGAAGAUAUUAUAUAAUGAUAUUCAUGAAGAAGUAUUUUCCUUUGAUAAAAUUGAUGUGUUAAAUGCAAACAUUGGGCAUGAGAUCAAUGAUGAAUCAGUUGAUAUCCUGCACAAUGAAAGUAGAGGUCCCAUGGUUGCUUUAGGUAUCACUAAAUUUGAAGAUUCUGUUUAUCGUGGUAUUGACCCAGAAUCCAAUGAAAGUUUAGAAACUUCCCAUGUAACAGGUGACAUUUCUGGGACAGGUAGUUUUGAGUAUACAGCAAUCUGUUCGUGUUGUGGUUGCCAUUAUGUAGCCACUGAUCAAGCUGAGAAGAAUAUUAGACUUUGUCCAGAAUGCAGCAGGAAAAACACAUUGUUGAGACAUAUCAUCCCAGAGACAACUUCGGCAGUUUCCCAAGACUCUUCAGUGAUUUCUACAUACAUGCCUGCAGAAGAAAAACCAUUAGCUGAAACCAACCAACCGAUGGUUGUGUCUGAACUACCUCAUGCGAAUGAUGUGGGUAACAUGAGGUUUUCCCUUGGUGAAUUGGACGCUGACGGAAGUCAAACUUUGUCCAGUGAAUUUAUUCAGGAUCACUCACAACAAAGUCCUCUUCCAAGUCCAUUUUUGGAGGGAAGUGGGCAGAUGCCUACCAACCAACUAGAGGUCGACCAGUUAGGUGUUGAUUACAAGAAGCGAGAUAAUCAUUCUGGAGAUCAACAGUUGUAUCAUUCCAAAGAUCUCUCAAAUUUGAAAGUGGACCUCUUGGAAGGUACUGGCAUUUCUGUACUACUGAAAAGGUCAAGCAGCAACAAAGGACCUGUAGUUCAGGGCAGGACUUUUACUGCUUCAACCAUAUCUUAUGAUGAUCUUUCUUUUGCAAGAAGCAGCAUUAACAGUAUUAGAAGCUCAACUGGGCAUGCCAGUUAUUCUGCCUCAUCAUCUGCUGAUUUCAGCUCAGCAAGACAUUCUGAGUUUCGUGUCCAAAGGCAGUCAAGUGGCAGGAAAUUGGAUGGAGACUGUGGAUAUGACAUAAGGAUCAAGCCUCCAAGCUCUGGUUCAUCUUUUUCUGAAAUGUCAAACCAUUCUCACCAUGGAUUAGGUUUUGCAACACAAGAAGCUUGUUCUGGCAAUGCAGAAUGCGGCAAUCUAGAGGAGAUAUCCCUAGCUCAACAAGAAAUGCAAGCUUCAGAAAAUGCAGUGACAGAUGUAAUUGAUGCUUCUUCUAUUGGUUUGAUUGUUGUCAGGGAAGAUAAACUUGAAUAUCACAAUUGUGGUAGAAUAACAGAUCCUUUUAGCUCAGAAUUAAUAAGCCAGGCUACCAGUGUUCAGCCUGAUGACAAUUCAGUGGCAUCAUUUGCAAAUCAUGGGGAUUGUAUUUCAUAUGACAGUAUUGAAGACCCUCCAAAUAAUGCUGGCAGUGUCUCAAAUACAGAAACAUCAGUUAAGGAUCCACACUCAUCCUUUGAUGAGAAACAUGAUGUUGAGAACUCCAAUGUUGAUGGACUGGGUGCUGUGGUUUCUACCAACUCUUCUACAAUUGAAGAAUCAGAAAUAGAAGGGGAAAACUGUUGUCAGAAUGAUACCAGUGUGGUGGAGGAUGAUCCAUCACUGGUAUCAAAGAGCACCGUCAAUGACUAUCAAGAACAUUCUGUUCCAAAUUCUUCCAACGACUGUCUUACAGCUUCUAUUUCUGAGCACUUCCAUGACAUAGAGGAAUCCACUGUUACAGUAGAGUGUCAAGGUGGAGGGAACAACACUAGAAGCCUAACACUUGAAGAGGCAACAGAUACGAUACUAUUUUGCAGCUCUAUCAUCCAUGAUCUUGCAUAUCAGGCAGCAACUAUAGCAAUGGAAAAGGAAUGCUCAGAUUCGUUGGAAGGUUCUGAGCCAACAGUGACUAUAUUGGGGAAACCUAAUUCUGACAGAAAGGAUUCUCGCAGCCGAAAUGCUGGCAAGCGCGCUAUUAAACCUCAGAAGGCAAGGCCGAGGAGGACGGUGGAAACUGAUGUAAAAUCCCCUUCUGCUAAGACUGAGAAUGAUGAAAAUGUUGAUGAGUCUUUGACACACAAUGUUGGGCUUCCUAACAAGGUAGACAGCAUAAAGCCGCCUAAUAAGCUUGAAUCAAAGUGUAAUUGCAUCAUAAUGUGAGAUUGCAAAGUUCAGAUUGUGCCUAUAUUUUCUGCCAGCAUUUUUACUCUUCCCCUUGGCCUAUAUAUACA